CUUUCAGUUGUAUUUUGAAUGUGAUCCACUCAGUAUAAAUCCGGCAAGCUCGACGCGAAUGUUACACCUGCACCGUUAACAUACACCGUAUGAGGACAAAUAAUAAUUUCUUGUGACUGUGAAUUUUACUCGUGACUCCGGUCGAAUUUUAAUACUCAAAUAUGCAUACGCCAGGGGCUGGUAUAUCCGGUUACGCGCUACUGCUGACCGUACAAAUUAUCUUUUUGAUUGUCUAUGCGGUUUUUGUUCGAUACGAUGAUAGUCUGUUGCCGAAAAAUAAGGAUGCAACCGAAGAACUCGAACAGGAAUUCGUGGAAAAAAAACAUGUGCCCAGUUAUCCGCAUUUUCAGGACAUUCAUGUCAUGAUAUUUGUUGGUUUUGCAUUUUUAAUGACAUUCUUGAAGAAGUAUGGGUUCAGUGCAACCGGAUUUAAUUUAUUCCUGGCUGCCCUAGUUGUACAAUGGGCUGUGAUAGCUAGAGGCAUCUUUGACAUCGAAGAUGGAUACAUUAAAAUGUCUUUGGACGAUAUCAUUGGAGCGGACAUUGCAGCUGCCGCUGUUUUAAUUAGCAUGGGUGCUAUGCUGGGACGCAUAACACCCAUUCAACUGUUAUUUAUGGGACUGAUUGAAAUAAUUGUAUUUGCAGCCAACGAACAUCUGCAAGUGGAAAUGAUGAGUGUGACUGAUGUCGGCGGUUCCAUAACCGUUCAUGCAUUCGGUGCGUAUUUCGGUUUAGCCGUGAGUUUUAUGACACGACCAAAAAUCGAACAAAAUAAUGCCGGCAAAUUGGAGGGGUCGUCGUAUACAUCCGAUAUAUUCGCAAUGAUUGGAACAUUAUUUUUGUGGAUAUUUUGGCCGAGUUUCAAUUCAGCUCUGCUAGAUGGAGCGGAUCAGGAGAGAGCUAUUCUCAAUACUUAUCUGGGCUUGGCGGCAUGCACAGUCACCACAUUCGUUGUAUCAGCAAUUGUAAGCCAUGAAAAUAAACUGGACAUGGUGCACAUACAAAACUCAACAUUGGCCGGUGGAGUUGCAGUCGGUUCAGUUUGCAACUUACUGAUUGGACCGCAUGGUGCGAUAUUAAUAGGUGUUAUUGCUGGAAUACUGUCGGUGGUUGGAUAUAGAUAUUUAACGCCAAUCUUAACAUCAAAACUUCGCAUACAUGAUACAUGCGGCGUAAAUAAUCUACAUGGUAUGCCUGCUAUCCUAUCAGCUAUUUGUUCAGCAAUUUACGCUGCAUUGGCGAAAAAAGAAAAUUACCACGACUCUCUGACAGACAUUUUUCCGGCUAUGAACGAUAUGAAUUCAACAGUGGCAAUGUCUCAUAAUGGUACUUCAGUUGUUGGGGGUUUCGGUCGCAGCGCUUUACAACAAGGAGGAUAUCAGUUAGCAGCUAUUGGACUGACAAUAUUGAUUGCUAUUGUGUCAGGAAUUGUAACAGGACUCUUUUUAAAAUCUCCAAGCAUGAGAAAAUUGACAAAGGAAGAGCAUCAUGACGACUCAACCUACUGGGAGACACCAGCUACUGAAUCCGCUUAAAUGUCAUCUGCUUGUUGUGAUCUUUCCUUUCUUUUGUUGCCUUUGACGAAUAAAAUUGUUUUCGUAUUGU